AUAUUCCUGCCGAUUAAAUUUUGAAGUGAUUGUUUGUAGGUUGGUAGUGCCAUCACAUGGGCAGGAUUCGGUUUUGUUAAAAAGGCCUCCCUCGUCCCAUUCUUCAUCAUCGCAUGAAGGAUUGCUCGAGCGUAUGUCUGACACGGCUAGCAGGACAGCAGCAAGUUCGUAUAGUGGAACUGAAGGAGGUGUGAGACGGGAAUCAGGAGCAGCGGGAAACAAAGGGUCAACGUCAGAGGCAUCGUUCAGUGAGAUGUUGAAGAAGAGUAAUAGCAUGAAGAAAGUGGCAGCAGAGUCAUCUGAUGCAACUGAAGGAAGCAAAGGUGGAGGUGGGAAGAAGAAAGGGAAGAAAGGGAGGCAGAUAGAUCCAGCUCUUCUUGGUUUCAAAGUCACCAGCAAUCGCAUUCUUAUGGGAGAGAUCCACCGCGCUGAUGAUUUCUAACUCCUUUUCUUUCCUUCCUUUUUUGUACAGAAUCUUUACAUAUAAAGAUUAGCUUGCUCAAGCUUUAGGCGUAUAGGUCCUUUAUACACAUAGCUUCUAUCACAUUGGAACACAGGAAAUAAAGUAAUAAUGUUUUUUUCAGUUGAGAAAUUGUUUGGUACGUUGGUUCAUAUUCGUUACAAAUGCUACGAUCUUGAUUGAUGCAGCGACUACAUCUGACUAGUGUGAUAGCCACUGGCACUGGAGAAGUCGACAUUUGAUAGUAGUUCAAAAGUUGAAAGAGAUUAGUUUAUAUCUUCUGUUCUGUUGCUGGUUUGGCAAAACAAAAGCUGUUGGUCCUGUUACUGUGUACCACUUCGAGAGUAGAGGACAGAAGAUGGAGCAGCUAGUGAGCAUGGGUUUCUCCAGCGAUUUGGCCGCCGAAGCUUUAACGGCCACCGGUGGGGAUUCCAUCCAGAAAGCCACCGACUGGAUUCUCUCUCACCGUUCUUCCCCACAAACUACCACCGCCACUUCACAGCCGAAACUCGACCGCUUCCUCCGCCCCAACUCUAAAACCCUAACCCCCGCCGUCAAUGAUGAUUACGGCAAGCGCCCCAAUGCCAAAACCCUAAUCCCCUUCGUGGGUGAUGAUUCCAACAAGCGCCCCAAGCUCUCAUCAUCAUCCAGCCACCGCCAACAACACCAACCGUUAUCGGAGCGUAUGCGUCCUCGCAUUCUCGACGACGUUGUAGGUCAAGACCAUCUCCUCUCGCCCGCUUCUCUCCUCCGCUCCGCCGUCGAGUCCAAUCGCCUCCCUUCCAUUGUCUUCUGGGGUCCUCCUGGGACUGGGAAGACCUCAAUCGCCAAGUCUCUCAUCAAUUCCUCAAAGGACCCGUCUCUGUAUCGCUUCGUCUCCUUGUCUGCUGUUACUAGUGGAGUCAAAGAUGUUAGAGACGCCGUUGAGAGUGCCAAAAGGCUCAAUCUUGAAGGUAAAAAGAGGACUGUGUUGUUUAUGGAUGAGGUUCAUCGGUUUAACAAGUCACAGCAAGAUUCAUUUUUGCCUGUUAUUGAAGAUGGUAGUAUCCUCUUCAUUGGAGCUACCACUGAGAACCCAUCUUUUCAUUUGAUCACUCCAUUGCUCUCUCGCUGCAGAGUUCUUACUCUGAAUCCCUUGAAACCCAAUCAUGUUGAGACUCUGCUUAGACGAGCUGUAGAUGAUUGUGAGAGAGGACUCUCCAAUAGCGUUGAGGUUGAUGAUUCUGUCAUUGAGUUCUUGGCUAAUAACUGUGAUGGUGAUGCACGAGUCGCGUUGAAUGCUUUGGAAAUCUCAGCUACCAUGGCUACCGCUAGAGCCGGAUCUGGGGCUGUUAUGUCUGUUGAUGAUGCAAAGGAGGCUCUUCAAUGCAAACAUUUAGCCUAUGACAAGGCAGGGGAACAACAUUACAACCUCAUAAGUGCUCUUCAUAAGUCUAUGAGAGGAGGAGAUGCUAACGCUGCUAUCUACUGGCUGGCUAGAAUGCUUGAGGCUGGUGAAGAGCCGCUUUACAUUGCGAGAAGACUUAUAAGGUUUGCAAGCGAGGACAUUGGCCUUGCCGACCCUUCAGCUCUUACUCAGGCGGUUGCGUGCUAUCAAGCUUCACAUUUCUUGGGUAUGCCUGAAUGCAAUGUAAUUCUCGCCCAAUGCACCGCUUACUUGGCACUGGCUCCUAAAUCCAUUGCAGUUUACCGAGCAAUAGGAGCUGCACAGAAGGUUGUGAAGGACUCUGUUGGACAGAAUGAAGGAGUGCCUCUACACCUGAGGAACGCUCCAACCAAGUUAAUGAAGGAACUUGGCUAUGGAAAAGAGUAUAUAUAUCCUCCCAAUGAUCCUUCUUCUGCCGUAGCUCAGACAUAUCUACCUCCGUCUCUCCUGCAUUAUAAGUUCCUGGAAUGGCCUCAAGAUGCAUCAGAUGAUCUCCAUGAUCAAGAACACAGGCUCUAACAAUUCCUUCUUUGUUUUUUUUUGUAUGUGUGUAUAGCGAAUCAAGUUGCUCAAGUCUUUGUAGACGCUACGUUAAUUAGUGGUUUAUUUGCUUGCUUCAUUGAAGUCUAAAAUGGUGGAAACAGAAACCCUUUCUUAUUA